UUUAACGUUUCUCCGUGUCUCGUCGAACUUCGGAAGUACGAGAGACGGAUAUCCAAGGACCAAGUGAAAGGAAAGGAAGAAGUCUCGUCGGACUUCGGAAUCGACAGUUGGGAAGCAGAGACUGGCAAUUCUUUUUAUAAAUACAUGGUAUGUGUUUAAUGUAAGAGCUUAAUAGAAUUUGCCUGUAAUACGUUCCUCUGUAGAUCUCUGGCACAUUUUUCUGUUUUCGUCUUUCUCUCUCUUUUUCAAGAGAGAUUGUAUUAAAAAUGUGCGACGAUACCGUUCGCGUUGCUUUACGUAUCCGUCCAUUAGUAGAAAGUGAGCUAGAAAAGGGAUGUCAAGUAUGCUUAGAAGCUAUUCCUGGGGAACCCCAAGUUCGCAUAUGCAAUACAGACAAAGCAUUCACUUACAAUUAUGUAUUUCCUUCUUAUGUUGGACAGGAGGAUUUUUAUAACACAGCAGUUAAACGACUUGUAGAUAAUAUUUUCCAAGGCUAUAAUGUUACAAUAUUGGCAUAUGGACAGACUGGAAGUGGUAAAACCCAUUCAAUGGGCACCAGUUAUACAGGUGUAGGAGAGAAGGGUGUUAUACCAAGAGUUAUAUAUGAUAUAUUUGAAAUAAUUAAAUCUAAGGAAGAUUGGAGCUUUAAAGUUACAGUCUCAUUUAUGGAAUUGUAUCAGGAACAACUGUACGAUCUCUUGUCUGACAAGCAGAAGAGUCAAUCCAUUGUAGAUAUUAGAGAAGAUGGAAAAAGCAUAAAAAUUGUUGGUAUAACUGAAAAACAAGUUACAGAUGCUCAAGAAACAUUGGAGUGUUUGGCUCAAGGUUCCAUGGGUCGCGUAACAGGUGCAACUGCAAUGAAUGCUCAUAGUAGUCGUAGUCAUGCGAUAUUUACGUUAUGUAUACGUCAGCAAAAGGAAGAUGAUCCGAAUACAGCAACGGUAGCAAAAUUUCAUCUGGUUGAUUUGGCGGGUUCCGAACGUAGUAAAAAGACUCAAACCACUGGAGAACGGUUUAAAGAAGGCGUGAAUAUAAACAAGGGACUAUUGGCUUUGGGCAAUGUAAUUUCGCAACUCGGUGACGGUGCCUCUGGAACUUACAUCGGCUAUAGAGACAGUAGACUUACAAGACUAUUACAAGAUUCCUUAGGUGGUAACUCGAUGACUCUUAUGAUUGCCUGUGUCAGUCCUGCUGAUUACAACUUGGAUGAGACACUUAGUACGUUGAGAUAUGCAGACCGAGCGCGCAAGAUAAAGAACAAGCCAAUCGUGAAUCAAGAUUCGAAAGUAGCGGAGAUCAAUCGAUUAAACAAAUUGGUUCAAGAACUGCGAUUGGCUCUUAUGAAUCAGGAACUUGGUAUAACGUAUACUAAGGAACAUGAAGCACUCGAGGAGAAAUACAGCAUGUUACAGCACAAAUUCAGAGACAUGACGGAAAAGUUGAAUUUGAAUUUAGAAGAAAUUGUAGUUAUGCAUGAACAAGCGGAGAUGGCUGAACAAGCUCGAGAAAAAAUUCGAUUAACCAUGGCAUUAUUACUGGAUGAAUUUAAACAAGUUUUACAAAAUUUUGAUACUUGUUCCGAAAUCGAUGAGGAGAAGCGUAAUAAAUUAAAAGCGAUAUACGAAAGAAUGUUAGAUAUCCAAAAUGAUGAAAGGAAAGCAUCCGAAGAACUUAUAAACCAUGAAAUAUCCAACUCGAAAAAUUGUGAUGCACACGUAGGAGAUGUAGAAUGUGUACCUGCAGAAGAAUUGAAUAAUGUCGAAGAUAGUUUGGAUUAUUUUGACAAGAAGGAAGAAGAACACACGUUACGGCAAGCGGAGCGAAAUAAUCAGGUUCAAAGUAUUAAUAAGGAGCUAGCACUCAAAGAAAGUCUUGUAUCGGAACUCUUGAAAAGUGUUACUGAACAAACUGCGGAAAGUCGUAAGAAUGUUAUAGAGAUGGAACAGGAGAUUAAACGGCUACAUUCAGAAAAAGAGGAACAUUUGCAAGUGGCUUAUGCGCACAACGUUAGCUCUAAAUUGGCUGAAACGCGUCGUAAGAAAGUGCAAGAAUUGGAAAAAAAGAUAGCAGACUUGACGCGCAAAUGCAUGGAACAGAACAAGGUAAUCAAGGCGAAGGAGAAGCAGGGUCAAAGAAUUAAAACUCUUUCUAGUGAGAUACAAUCGUUAAAAGAAACUCGAGUCAAGCUUAUCAGACAGAUGCGCAACGAUGCAAAUAAUUUUACAAAGUGGAAACAAUCCAAGGAAAAGGAAAUUAAUAAAUUAAGAAUGCUAGAUCGUAAGCGUGCUUACGAAAUGGUACGCAUGAAAAUACAACAUGAUAAACAGGAGAAUGUUUUCAAGAGGAAAAUGGAAGAGGCUUUUGCAGUUAAUAAAAGAUUAAAGGGUGCAUUGGAGAUGCAGAAAAAGGCGGCGCAAAGACAAGAAAGAAAGGUCAAUAGCAAAGAGGAGAUCAAAACUUGGAUGACUCACGAAUUAGAAGUAUUAAUGGCUACUAUAGAAGCGGAUUAUUCUCUUAAAAAAUUGAUGCAAGAUAGAGCUUCGUUGGUACAUCAAUUGGAGCAAUUGAAAAAAAAUGGUGAUCCGGACGAAGAGGAACUUGGAACUAUUACAGAAUUCAUUGAAUUGCGUAAUGCACAAAUUGUUGAUUUGCAACAAAAGAUUCUCGAAUCGGAUCAGGAAACCAGAGCAAAUACCAGAUGGAAUAUGAUACGUACGAUAACAGAUGCAAAAGCGGCAUUUGAAACGGCAAUUGAUAUAGUUACACAAGACAGGAAACAACAAUGUUACAAAUAUAACGAAUUGAAAGAAAAAUACCAGAAUUUAGAAGCGCAACUAGAAGAAUAUAAAAAACAAGAGAAAGUCUUGCCUGCGAUAUCUCGUUCACAAGAUACAUCUGACGUGUCUUGUAGCGAUACUGAACAACUUUCGACAAAAUCUAAAAGACAAGUUUUGACGGAGAAUAAUGUGAAUGUAAAUAAGAAAGCGAAGAAAAGGAAAACUGAAGAAAGUAAAAUGGAAAUAAUCGAGGAAGAUGGUUCCCUAUUGCACGAUAAUAGUUCAAUAAUAGAGGAUGAUACUGAUAAAGAUCCUGAUUGGAAAAAGACACCGCUUUAUAGUCGUAUACAAAAGUUACAGAAUAAAUCAAAACUCUCGAGCCAACGAUUGACCUUCAAGAUAGAAGACAACGAGAGUCUAAUAAAAUGCGCUUGUAAAACGAAAUGUGCUACACGGGUAUGUACCUGUCGAAAGAAUAGCGUUACUUGCAACAAUUGCAGUUGUUCGGACCAAUGUCAAAAUAAAGACGAAAAGAAUGUGCGUACUAUGCUGUUUUCAGAUGUCGUGGAGGAUGAGUCGUGAGAAAUGCGAUUGGAAAAGAGCGAGUUUUUUCUUUUUUCUAAUUGUGAAUGAAUUACAAAAUUCAUUUAUUUGCACUAUCGUACGUAGAGUACGUUUCACGCAUGAUGCGCGUGAUGCAUCACUUAUCCUUAUUGUUUACUGAAUAUUAAACAAGGAUAAAUUAUGCCUUAUGCGUAAAAUGGAACGCCCUUAUUUUAUCAAAAAAGUACUGUACAAAAUUCAAUUGUUUUGGAUAUUUAUCUCGCUUUUCAUACUUUUAUAUAAACAUGACUUGCAUAAAUUCCAGAUUAAUUUAUGUAUAGGAAGGAUAAUUUAUUUACAUUUUAUAUUGUUAAAUUUACUCUAUGGAUGUAAUGGAUUAACGUAAUGAAUCGAUUUUAUAAAUAUUGAUAAUAUAAUAAUAAUAAUAUCACAUUGAUACGAGAACCGCAGAUUGAUCAAAAAUUCAGUUUUUGGUAAAAUUCAGUACAGAUUCAAGAUUUUCUUGAGGGAUACUUGAGCUUAGAUGGUCCAUGUAUGUUUUCGUUGUAUGAUCACAAUAAAAUUAUGGAUAUUUCAGAAUGUACUUAAGAAUAAAUAAUAAAGCAUAAGUAAGGCUUUUUCAAUCAA